AUGGCUGCGAGCGGCAAGUCCUCGAUAUGCAUAGUCGGCGCGGGAGCCAUCGGGGGCUUGCUCGGUGUGGAGCUAUCGCGCCAAGGCCAUGUGGUGACUUUUUUCGCGCGCGGCGCGCAUCUGGCCGCCAUGCAAGAGGCGCACGCCCUCAAGCUCAUUAAGCCGGACGGUACGGUGGUGCAAUCAUCAGCCGACUCCGUCUUCACGGGCUCAUUGGCGAACGUCCCAGUGCAAGACGUGGUGGUGCUCGGGCUGAAGAUGCAUCAAAUCGCGUCGGUGCUCCCCGCGCUGCCAGGAAUCGUAGGGGAGCACACAGUGAUCCUGACGACGCAAAACGGGAUUCCGUGGUGGUACUUCCAGGAGUACAACGGGCCUGCCGAGUUCCGCAACCGGACGGUAGAGGCGGUGGACGCUGGCGGUGCGCUCAAGACGGGGAUUGAUUCGGGCAAGAUCAUAGCCACGGUGGUGUACCCCGCGGCGCACAUCUCGCGGCCGGGGGAGGUGGUGCACGUGGAGGGGGUGCGGUUCCCCGUGGGCGAGCCGAGCGGGGCGACGACGGAGCGCGUGACGCGGGUGUCGGGGAUGCUGGUGGCGGCCGGGUUCAAGGCGCCCGUGCUGGCGGACGUGCGCGGCGAGCUGUGGCUCAAGCUGUGGGGCACGGUGGCGGUGAACCCGCUGUCGGCGCUGACGCACGCGACGCUGGACGAGCUAUGCACGGUGGACUACUCGCGCGCCGUGGUGAUGUCCGUGAUGCGCGAGGUCGAGGCCGUGGCCGCGCGCCUCGGCUCGACGAUGCGCGUCCCGAUCGAGCGCCGCGUGGACGGCGCCGCGCGCGUCGGCAGGCACCGCACCUCCAUGCUGCAGGACUGCGAGGCUGGCCGCGAGAUGGAGGUGCAGACGAUCAUGGGCGCCGUCGUGGAACUCGCCGAGCUGUGUCAGGUCGACAUCCCGUGCAUCCGCACGGUGUACGGCACCGUCAGGAUGCUCGCGCACGUGAUGCGGACGCAGAGAGUGAGGAUUUGCCCGAUUGCGUUGGAUGCGGCCGGCAAGUAA